GGGCCUGCGGUCCACAAACCUAACAGCUUCAGCAUUCGUCUGAGCCGGACCGAACCGUGCCGUGAGUUUUAGACCUCACGAGGCUUCAACGAGUUUCAGUCUAUCAGGCUCAGCUGGGGAGAGCUAGGGUUUUGGACCGCGGCAAAGCUAGUAUGCUGAUUGAUCCCACCUGGUUCGACCUAAUCGACAAAAUGAAAGUCGAAAGAAGGAAUUCAAGCUAAUCCAGAGCAUACAUGGUGUCUUCCAGCCGAUCUUCCCCGAACAUGAUGGCCAAAGAAGAUUUUUUUUUUUUUUAAUGUAUAAAUUUUGUUGAUAUGCACAACGGGGCCUUGUGAUGGCUUGGCGCUACAGAUGAUCCUUUUCUUCUUCUUCGCUCGUCCCCUGAGGAUUCGAGCCUCCAAGAUCGCCGUUGCUUGUUUCCACGACCACCCUUUCGGAGGAUCUCGCCUUCGCCCAUUCCACGACUGCGAAGAGGUCGUCCAAAACCCUGAGAUUUGGUUCAUUAAGGUCGUACGCACACUUUGUGUCCGUGCACAUUCUCUAGACGAUUUCCAGGAUUAUUUGGGUAAGACAGUGAACCCGUCGAUUGCUUUUGAAGUCAUUAGAUGCUUAAAUCCCAAGUUGGGUUUGAAGUUCUUCGAAUUCAGUAGCUUGAACUUGAAGCUCAAGCAUUCUUUGAGAACGUAUAAUUUCCUUUUGAGGUCAGUUUGCCAGUCAGGCCUCCACGAUUCAGCGAAGUUUGUUUUUGAUUGCAUGAGGAAUGAUGGGCAUUUGCCUGAUUCUUCGGUUUUAGAAUUUUUGGUGUCGUCAUUUGCACGAGCGGGCAAGUUUGACAUUGUCAGGGGAUUACUUGCCCAACUGCAGCGUGAUGAAGUAAGGGUUAGUUCUUUUGUAUAUAAUAGUUUGUUGAAUAUCUUGGUUAAAAUGAAUCAAAUAGAUGUGGCUGUUCGCCUCUUCAAAGAGCAAUUGAGUUCAUUCUCUCGCCCAGAUGCUUGCACAUUUAAUAUUGUUCUCCGUGGUCUAUGCAGAGUGGGGAAAGUUGACGAGGCUUUUGAGUUUUUCAAUGAUAUGGAGAGUUUUGGGUGUUCUCCUGAUGUUAUUACCUACAAUACUCUUAUAAAUGGAUUGUGUAGGACCAAUCAAAUAGAUAGAGGGCGUUGCUUGUUGGAGGAAAUUCAGUCAAAAGGUGAUUUUUCGCCAGAUAUUAUAACUUAUACAUCCGUUAUAUCAGGUUUUUGUAAGUUGGGUAAGAUGGAGGAGGCUUCUAUUCUUUUUAUUGAGAUGACAAGUUCUGGAAUAAAACCCAAUUUAAUUACUUUUAAUGUUCUUAUCAAUGGCUUUGGCAAGGCUGGCAACAUGGUGGCUGCACUGGCCAUGUAUGAUAAGAUGUUGUUUCUUGGUUGCCUUCCUGAUGUUGUCACCUUUACUUCCCUGAUUGAUGGCUAUUGCCGAUCGGGCCAAGUGGACAAGGGUCUAAGGCUCUGGCAUGAAAUGAAUUCCAGAAACUUGUCUCCCAAUGAGUAUACUUUUGCUAUUCUUAUUAAUGCUCUGUGCAAGGGGAAUAGAGUACAAGAGGCUCGUGACUUGUUGAGGCAUCCAAAGUGGAAGGAUAUUGUGCCCCAGCCAUUUAUGUACAACCCUGUGAUUGAUGGGUGUUGCAAGGCUGGGAAUUUAGAUGAGGCAAAUGUUAUUGUGGCAGAAAUGGAGAAGCGAUGUAAACUUGAUAAACUGACAUUUACCAUUCUCAUUAUUGGGCACUGUAUGAAGGGGAGAAUGUUUGAAGCACUUGGCAUUUUUAAUAAGAUGCAGGCAAUUGGUUGUGCCCCGGAUAAUAUCACUGUGAAUUCUUUGAUAUCUUGCCUUUUGAAGGCUGGGAUGCCUAAUGAAGCCAGUCGGAUUAUUCAGGCUGCAUCGGAGGAUUUGAACUUGGGAUUGUCAUCUGCAAAAAGACCUAUCCCAAUGAGAACAAAUAUAGAAAUCCCAGUGGCUGUUUAAUAGAUAAAUUGCUGAGAAAGUGCACUUGACAUUGUGGACCUAGCAGUUGUUGCCUUGUUGGAGGUCCUUCCACUACUGCGCAUGCUACUUAUGAAUCAAAUAAGUCAGUGAGCAGGUGAGAGCUAGUGUAUGAUUUGUAUCCCCAUGGAUCCUUGAAGGCAGUCAGUCCUUGGCCACCGUAACAACUUUCAAAUUCCAUCAGAAAGCAUGUAUGGGCAGUUUGAAAAUGGUAUGAAGACACCAAGUGAAUGUUCUACAUGGUUCUGUGUACUCUAGAAAGCUUGAUGGAUGGUUUUCGGAUUUGACCUCAGAAAAGAUACACUAAUAAAGCUAGAAGUGAUAUGUAGAUCAUUGAGGUGUUCCAUGUGAACUGAGAUUUUCCAAUCGAAAAACGAUGCAAUAGGAAGUCUUGGUUGAAAAUUUUAUUCAUCUCACUCACAGUGUCCUAACUGCUAACUGCAUACAAUUUGGUCCAAACUGCUUCUCAGAAAGAUGCUUAAAGUGAUUUCAAACUCAAAAAUCUGUCUGCUAAAAACAAUCAUGACCAGGGGCAUUUGAGAAAACGGGUAUUGUGGUGUCUUUGGAAUUAUUUUCAAAGGGGCCCUGAAGAAAUGCAGAUUAACUGGGUGAAGAAGAAAUGCAGGUUACCCCAGCAAAGAGCGGAGAAGAAGAUCCAGACCAUCAAUCUUUUGGAAUCCUCCAUAUUUGAGUGGGGGUGGUGUUCAUCAGUUCCACCUGCAGCUGUUGACACAAAUGUUUUGCAUUGAAUUUCUUGUUCUUUUAUUCUGUUCCCUCCCCUAUAAUUACCUACCUCUAGUAUUCUGUUUCAAGAUAUAGGUAGUAGCUAAUAUUGUUCAUUUUAUUUCCAUAUGGCCCUGUUUCCUUGGGGAAUUCCUUUUGGCAAAGCGUAUGUAUGUAUAUUUUGGCCUUGCCCUGAAUAUUUGAAACCAAAAUUUUCAUUUAAUCUCAAUAAUGGGUGAAAGGUUGCGAGAAAAA